AAAGUUGAUUGCUACUCGUGAUCAGUUUUACUCUUACAACAACAACUCUACUUUCUUUUUGCUCUUCACUAUACUACAUUAUUCUUGUUUUUGGGAUCUUAACAUUAAUUUUCCUUAAUCGAAUUACAUUAUUAUUCGAUCCAAAUGGUUAAGGAAACUGAAUUCUAUGAUGUUCUUGGUGUUUCCCCUUCUGCUUCUGAUGAUGAAAUUCGAAAAGCUUACUAUCUUAAGGCAAGAAAAGUUCACCCUGACAAAAAUCCUAAUGAUCCUCAAGCUGCUGAAAGGUUUCAGAUACUAGGUGAAGCUUAUCAAGUUUUAAGUGAUCCAGUGCAACGAGAUGCAUAUGAUCGAAAUGGAAAGUACAGUAUAUCAAAGGAAUCCAUGCUCGAUCCAACAGCAGUAUUUGCCCUGCUAUUCGGAAGUGAGCUUUUCGAGGACUACAUAGGACAUCUAGCUGUUGCAUCGAUGGCUUCAUCCGCGUCAAUAAGUGAACAUGAUAAUCCCGAAAGGAUUAAUGAAAAGUUAAAGGCAAUACAGAAAGAAAGGGAAGAAAAACUGGCAGGGAAACUGAAGGAUUUUCUUAACCAAUAUGUACAAGGUGAUACCAAAGGAUUCUUACAGCGAGCUCAAAGUGAGGCCAAACGUCUUGCUAAUGCAGCUUUUGGAACCGAAAUCCUAAACACCAUAGGAUAUGUGUACACAAGACAGGCUGCGCUUGAGCUUGGAAAAAAGACCAUGUACCUUGGAAUGCCCUUCCUGGCCGAAUGGGUGCGUAAUAAAGGCCACAUUUGGAAAUCUCAGAUCACUGCAGCUAAAGGUGCUUUUCAGCUGCUUCAACUGCAAGAAGAUGUACGCCGCCAGUUUAAAAUGGAUGGUAGUGGCCCUGCAAAUGACUUUGAAUCUCAUAUACAACUCAACAAAGACAUACUUAUGAGCUCAUUGUGGAAGUUGAAUGUUGUUGAUAUAGAAAUGACUCUAUUACAUGUUUGCCAAAUGGUACUACAGGAAAAGAACGUCAAGAAAGAAGAACUCAAAGUUCGCGCUUUAGCCCUUAAAUUACUCGGGAAAAUCUUUCAGAGGGAAAAACUGGCUCAAGAAUCUGAUUCAUCUAAGAAGAAAACAAUAGCAGACAUAAGUGAUGAUGACAGUGAUUCAGAUGGCAGUUCUGAAGAGGAUUCAUCUCGUAUGCUAAGCUAUCGUACUCCUAUGUUAAGUCAGGGAAUCGGGAGGCUAUUCAGAUGUCUAUGCAACCCCGCGUUUGAUGUAGAUGACGAUGAGAUUGUGUACCGGGGAAAAUGAGUCUGCACAACCAAUACGAAAGUGAUAUAUGUACCAAAAGAAAGCUAGAGCCUUUAUUUGCUUGCAUAUAGUUACCCAAAAGUUGAUGGUUUUUUCCCCAAAACAUAUUUAUUUGAUCUUUAUAUGGCAUCUUCAAAAAAGAAGAUGCUAGCCAUAUAUUAUAUUGUAAGUGUUCAACCUGUUGUUUUGAAUAGAUCUUCCUCUACAAUUUGUCCUCUCA